GAACGAAAACAUACCGCCUGUUCACCACUCUCUUCUAAUAAUAGCUCUCGGUCGGAGUUGUAAUUUCCACAGUCGUUCUAGUUUGCACCGAUCUACCACAGAAAAAUGGCCACCAUUGAUAACGAUCCUCUGUUUACAUCGCUGUGCAGCUCCAAAACCCUCCAAUCCCAGCAGGAAGGCUUUUUCAGUAGCUUCUACCAGACGGUAGCGGAGAAUUUCACCGGUAAAAACGAGUUCUGGUUGCGGGAUGUGUUCGGCAAAGUGCAACCCGGGGACGAUUGUGCAAAAUUGCAGCUGCUCUUCGAGGAUCCGGUGGUUUGCUUCGAGGUUCUCGGAACGUUGGAACACGUGAAACCGGUGUUUCGUGGGAAGGAUGCCAAAUUCAGCUGGCAACGGCGGGAACAGGCCCGAAAGUUACUCAACGAAGGCAAAGUGCAGCAAGCACUGCUCAUGGCCAGUCAAGCCGUCAUGAAAGCUCCUCCGCAGGGUGUCGAUCAACAGAUCGAUCAGGGAAUGUCGUUGGCUUGUGCGCUGUGGACGCGGUCAGAGGUGCUGAUUCGAGCAUUGGAUGGUCGGCGAGCGCUGGUGGAUCUGCAGAUGGCUGCCAAAGCAGGUUUUCCGGUGAAGGAAAGCGGAGAGUACUACGGACGGAUGGCCAAAUGUUACGCCUUGAUUGGUGAGCCGAAACGAGCGGAAAUAUCGGUUAAAUUGUUCCACCAGCUAUCCGGUUUAAACAAUUAUGCUUUGGGACGUCUUCGCGAAGAUAUCGAAGAUUUGAAAGUUCUUAAAGCGGAGGAACUCAAACCACAAAAUACGGAAGUGAAACUUCCACAACUGGCAGGUGGAACAAAUGAUUCUUUGAGCUGUGCUUCCGCAAAAAUUGCUCUCCGAGGAAGUCGUGAGAGCGAGGAGAAAGGUCAAUACAUCGUGGCCGCCGAAGAUUUGAAACCGGGUGAGACAAUCCUGGUAGAGCCGGCUUACGGUGCUUGUCUCUAUCAGAAGUUUUUCGGAACUCACUGCAAUCAGUGCUUUGCUAGAUUGAUAGCACCAAUGCCAUGCCCGGAAUGCUGUGGAGUAGCGUUCUGCUCGCCGGAGUGUCGCGAUCGUGCCUGCUCGGGAUAUCACCGCUUCGAAUGUCACUAUCUGGAUCUUAUGAUCGGUUCCGGAAUGUCGAUUCUGUGCCAUGUGGCACUGCGCCUAAUAGCUCAAGCCGGAACACCGGAGAAAGCCAUCGAAUUUGGAACCGAAAUACGGCAAGCCUUGUGUGCGCAUUGUGAGUUCCGCGAUCAGGAGGAUUACUUCCAACGGGCGCUGAUGGCUGCCUUUCUGCUUCGCUGUUUGCAGAAAGCAGAAUUUUUCGGUCGACGCAAAACAGAAGCUGCCGAACCAACGCCCAUCGAAACCCAGGUGGGUGGGGUGCUGUUAUUUUUACUUCAAGCGCUUCAGUUCAAUGCCCACGAGGUCUAUGAAACUAAGAUCACCGGCGAUCAUCGCAUCGACACGGCCAAAGUACAGUACAUCGGGGUGGCCGUUUACAAAACCGGUGCCUUGCUAAAUCACGACUGCUAUCCCGGAGUGUCACGAUCGUUUUUCGGAACGACCAUGGUACUGCAUACCAGCCGAGCGAUCGCCAAAGGGUCGGAAGUUCCGGAAAACUACGGAAUGCACUUUUUGCGUCAACCGAUGGCUUUGAGACAACGGAAUCUUCGGUCGCGAUACUGGUUCAAGUGCGACUGCAAAGCGUGCUCCGAGGAUUGGCCGGUGAUGGAGAAAUUAUCGGGCAAACCCAAGCUUCGCUGUCCUCAGCCGGGUUGCACCGGUGUAAUCAACUAUCCGCCCAAGAAAACCAUGACAGCCAAAUGCUGGAAGUGCAAGAAGAAUGUGGAACUUCAGGCGUCCAUCGGAAUACUUGAGCAGUGCGAAAAUAUCUACGCCCUUGGGGCGAAACUGAUUGAGGAAGAACGUACGACGGACGCCAUCGACUUGCUGUGCAAAGGAAUUUCUCUGUUCCACGGGAUUGCUGUUCCGCCGCACAAAUCGACCCACGUCGCCGAGGAAUGCCUGCGGGUUUGCUUUGCCGAUCAGGGCAGCGUUUAUCGAAUGUAA